GAAAUACGUCAAUCGGAGCUUUACAAUUGCUUUGAUUCUCGUUUUUCAGCUAAACGGUGCCGGCUCUAGAAACGAUCGGCUCGGUUGUCUCUUUUGUCUGUUAUCUGUGUUUACUUUUUUAUUUCUUAAAUCAAUGAACAGCUGGGAAGCGGAGAAGCAGGACGCGAGGGGCCGGGGGCUGACCCACGUGAUCAAAUGCGGAAAUUGACGAGGUUGCAGAGGCGCAAAGAUCCACGAGGAAAGCCGUGGGUGGAGGUCUGUGCGCUUGUGUUCGGAGCUUCUGGUGGAUCUAGCUGGACAAUCCGGACCAAACAACACGGCUGCAGAUCUCGGUGAUCUGUGCGGUUAGACGUGCAAGUGUCGCCUUCUGUCAAUUUAAAAGAAAAAGUAAGAUAUAAGGGUUUCACAGGGUUGUUUCCGAGGUCAGACUGCCGAGAUGACAGCGCUGUGACAGUGUGUGUGUCCCAGUGUGUCGGUUCUGGACCAGUUCUCGUGACAUGGCCGCUGCAAAGAAGAGUUGUGCGAAGGCAGGAGGAGGAGGAGGAGGAGGCGGCGUGCGCUUCGCCGAGGAAGCCCUCGCCGCCGGGCCCCCGUCACACGUCCACUUCGACGAGAAGCUGCACGACUCCGUUGUCAUGGUGACCCCCGAGGAGGAUGGCAACUUCAUCGUCAAGGUCGGCUUCCUGAAGACGCAGCACCGGUACGAAAUCGUCUUCACCUUGCCCGACGUCCCGGCCCUGAGGAAGGACGCGUGUCCGGCGCCCGUGCCCAGUCCUCACCUCCGCAUCACCAACGUCACGCCGGCGCCCGAGGGAGGUCUGACGGUGACGUGCGAGUACAUGGCCCAGCAGGAGGGCGUUCUGUGUGAGGAGGCGCUGCUGCUGAGCGAAACCAACCAGGACGUCUGUGUUAAAGUUAAGGUUCAGGCCAGAGUCAUGGAUCGUCACCAGGGUACUCCCAUGCUGCUGGAGGGGGUCCGCUGCAUCGGGGUGGAGUUGGAGUACGACUCUGAGCAGAGCGACUGGCAGGGAUUCGACUGAAGCUUCGGCUCUCGGUGCACUCGGAUACACAGGCACAAGAUACUGCCCUCAGAGGAGCGCCAAUUAAGACCUGCAUCAAAUAGUAAUAAGUAGUGAUAAAACCGAACCCCUAGAGGGCGGCAGCGCUCUUUGAAUCCCUUUUCACUGCCUCUUGAAUUCCAGUUCUCUCUUUUUCUGAAGGGGGGGGGGGACUAAACAAGUGCUCUAUUGCAUAUUAAGUAGCUUAAAACCAACCGAUAGGAAGGAAUAUAAAUGUGCGGAAGUGAAUGGCAAUGCGGUGCCUGUAAUGUCUCUGUUCAACCACAGGGGGCACUGCAGACCACUGUAUCCGGAGGCUACCUCAGUGUUGUGUGCCCUCAACAAGGCCAUUUUACACUUGUUUUUUUUUAUUUUUUUAUCCAAUAUCUUCUGCCCGACUGCUUCUACUCAAGCUUUUCAUGUUCUGCAUUUAAUUUUCAAGGAAAUCCCAAAUGAACAUGUGUGAACUUAUUUUGAAAGGUGUAAGUGAGGAAUGUCAAGUGAGGCUUUCUCCUGUAAUGGAUUUCACUGCAUGAUUGUGAAACAUUGCCAAUUCCCAAACUUCUUUGCAAAUAUUUUUGACACGUCGCUUUGAUUUGCCUCUUUGCGCAGAAUUUAAAGAAAUGAAUCAACCAAACAAGCCGUAGUUUCGGUUAGUAGGAACAAAUCAAACGGUCCAUUAAGACAAAUGAAUCCGCUGCGUUUCUGAUAAUCAAUCGUUAUUGUUUUUGAGGGUCGAGAUGAUAAACAUUCUGUGGUUCCAGCUUGUUAAAACGUGAUGCGUGUUUUUAGCUUUAACAACAGGAAAUGAAGAAAAAUAUACUAUUUUCUGGAUGAAUCGAACUAUAAAUCAACUAAUCGAGCAAACAUAAGGUUAAUCGACAAUUUAAACGUUUUUUUCCUGGUUCAAUCUGUUUUUUUUUCUUCUUUCAGUUCAUGAAGCCUUUGGGAGACACUUAAGUGCCUUUUUUAAAAACAUUUUACCGCCCUGUUGGUCGUGGUUUUUAGCGUCUCACACACUGUUUGGGUUUGUUUAGUUCGUUAAACCCCACUGGACGCAUCGGCCUUAAAGGAACGGAUUUCUGCGUGUCAUUUCUCGGCCUAGUCCCCCCCCACCCCCCCAAUCUGUCAGUGCAGUGCAGAUUAAAUGGGUUUAUUUGAUCUUUGCUUGCGGGUAAUAAGGUAUAAACGUGUGCUCUGUUUGAUUUUCUUGGUGUAAAACUGAAAUGGUUUAUAGAAUGUAGAAGUUAGCUCGUUGAUUUACGUUUCCGGUUUGUGUGUGUGGUUUUUUUGGUUUUGUUUUUUAACGUCCACAAUGAAUAAAGGUGUGUUUUUGUGUGUCCGUC